CGGUCACGUGACCGCCGUCCUCGUAACUGGACUUUUCUCCGGCAGUGAGCUUCGGAGCUCCGCUGUCUCACAGAACAACAAACACAAACCGACCGAGCCGACAAACAGCGGACCAACGGACGAGAGUCUGACUAGCAUGGGAGACAAGAGGAGCCCGACGAGGCCGAAGCGGCAGUCCAAACCCUCAUCCGACGACGCCUACUGGGACUGUAGUGUGUGCACGUUCAGGAACAGCGCCGAGGCGUUCAAAUGCAUGAUGUGCGAUGUCCGCAAGGGCACGUCGACGCGGAAGCCUCGUCCUGUCUCCCAGCUGGUAGCACAGCAAGUAACGCAGCAGUUUGCUUCGCCCACUCAUCCCAAGAAAGAGAAGAAAGAGAAGACGGAUAAGGAGAAAAAUGAGAAGGAACCCAUGUUGAAAAGGAAUAACCACAAGAAAAUGAGGCCCAGGUUGAAAAACGUGGACAGGAGCAGUGCUCAGCACCUGGAGGUGACUGUGGGCGACCUGACAGUUAUCAUCACAGACUUUAAAGAGAAAACCAAGCCCUCGUCCAGCUCCUCUUCUAGCGCCACCUCAGCAGACCACCACAGCCAGAGCGGCUCCAGCUCCGACAACACAGAGAGGGGGUUCUCCCGCUCCUCGUCACCCCGGGGGGAGGCCUCUUCAGUUAAUGGAGAGGCCCAUUAAGAGCAGACCCUGUAGCAGACCCCUAACCCCCUCGCACCCGACUGUUCACUUUGCACCUCAACAUGCACAGGAGUGUAUGUGUGUGCACGCCAAGACUUACUGCAAGAUACAGACCGACGCACCACCAUCAAACAACCACCACCGCCACACCUACAGGAUUAAAGCCCAGGAACUGCCAGGACUGAAUGCUCCUGGUCUGUUACAACACAGUCCAUAUGUUACAACACCUACUAGGUCAGCUUCAAUGAACUCUUGGCUACUUUUUACAGGACUUUGAUGAUGAUGAUGGUGAAUUGCAACAAGUCCACACUUGACUGACGGUACAGCGCCAAUAUGACAUGAUAGUAUUAUGCAUCAAACCAGUGUUACCUGUCAAUUUGCAUUUAAACACAGACAUCCAUCUACUUUUGUCUUAUGUACUAAUGUGGCAUGGUUGGGUUACGUUUUUUUUGUUUUGUUUUCAGAAACCAGCGCGGGGGAGGAAGCGAAAUGCCUUUCUGUAAUUGUAACUAACUGUUGAUAACUAACUGUGGUAGCAACAGGAUUUUUUUUCUCACUUGUUUAUUACACCUGCUGGCACUUGGUGUGGUUUUCAUGUGGGGGAAAAAAAGUAUUUUUGUUAUUUGUUGUUUGUUUUUAAUGUCUGAUUUCGAGAGAAUUGCAACAGCGUUUUAGUUCAUCCUUACACCCACAUGUACUGUAACGUGUUAGAACAUUUUUGUUCUUCUCACGAGAUGGUGAAACAAAACAAAAGAACAUUUAUUAGGAAAAAUGGGAAAUGUAUUUGUAAAAUGUUGACUUUGCUUAUUCCCUCCUUUAUAAUGAGCAGUGGUAUAUAAAUAUAUUGCAGUAUAGGAAUUAUCUCUUAAUAAAAUGUAAUAUUUAGACUCCCUAA